GGAAAGUGCGUCUCUCCUCUCGCGAGAAUUUUUUUUCCACUGGAAAUGGCGCUUGCUCUGAAGCUGAAGCUCUGACAUCAAGAGCUACUCUUCGCUAUCAGAGACCGUGUUGUUUGUCCAGGACGUGGAGACAUUUGAGGUGAAGCUCCGGGUGUUCGCGGACUAUGACCGGUACCCGGUGGACUCUCCGGACCGUAAAGAAGCUCCUAAUUCAGUCCGACUCCGGCGUCAACAGACAGUAAAAGAUGCUGGACCUGAGCGCUCAGGUCACCAGCAACCUGGUGCCCUUCCCAGGAGUGACCAUCCAGGCUCUCGGCGAGGAUGAGAUCAUCCUGGACUCAGUGCUGCAGGGGAAGUUCACAGUCGGGCGUGGCGGGGUGGCCUGGCUGUCCUGCGGCCCCCAGCUGGAGGUGGUCGAUGCGGCCACAGGGGUGCGUCUGUCUGCCUACUGCUUCAGCGGGGAAGGGGACCAUCCACCCAACAUCCUCGCUGCCCGGGACUUCAGCUGGCUCAAAAGGUCAGGGCUGCUGGUCGGUCUGGAGGAGGUCGAGGGCAGCAUGCUGUGUCUCUACGACCUCGGACUGUCCCGGGUCGUCAAGGCCGUGGUCAUACCGGGCCGGAUCACCUCCAUCGAGCCACUGGUGAGCUACGGAGGGGCCAGCACCACCACCCAGCACCUCCACCAGAGCCUGCGCUGGUUCUUUGGGAUCGCCGCCGUGGUCACGGACCUGGGUCACGUUCUGCUGGUGGACCUGUGUCUGGACGACCUGUCCUGCAGUCAGAGUGAACUGGAGGCCUCGGACCUGGAGGUGGUGACCAAGUCCCCGGCGGAGAUCCCCCGGCUGAGGGAGGCCAGCGGCAGGCAGGGGCGCCACCUGUGUCUGCAGCUCAGCGGGCCCAGCGGCACCAAGGCCACCGCCCUGCAGUACAUCUCCAGGACCAACCAGGUCGCCGUGGGCUUCGCCGAUGGAUACCUGCAGCUGUGGAACAUGAAGACACUGAAGAAGGAGUACCAUUCCCAGUUGGAAGCUGGACAGGUGCCCGUCUAUGCGUUCACCUUCCAGGAACCAGAAAACGACCCCAGGAACUGCUGCUAUCUCUGGGCAGUCCAGUCGGCGCAGGAGCUUGAGGGUGACGUGGUGAGCCUUCAUUUGCUGCAGCUGGCCUUCAGUGAGAGGAAAUGCAUGGCAUCUGGAAAGAUUCUCUAUGAGGGUCUGGAGUACUGCGAGGAGCGCUACAGCCAGGAUGUCAGCGGUACGGCCUUCCCCCUGAGGGCCCAGGCCACCAACACGCGCCUACUGAGCUGUCAGACCAUCGAGAAGUUCAGACCCCACCCCGACCGGGACGACAGCAUGAACGAGGCUGCGUCCCCAGACACCAGCGUCUCCAUCUUCAGCUGGCAGGUGAAGGCCUACGGUCAGGGGAAGCCCACCACCUGCAUCGGGGUCUUUGACAUCAACCGCUGGUACCACGCCCAGAUGCCUGACUCCCUGAGAGCGGGAGAGACUCUCCACAGCUGUCCCUACUUCGCUGUGUGGUCUCUGGACCCCGUGGUGGAGAUGGUCUCCCCUCGCCCCCUGCUGGACGUCGUGGUGCAUGACCGCAGCCUGAGCAGAGGCCUGCCCUGCACCUGGCCCCCCCCAGAGCAGUUCUUCAACCCCACUACAUACAACUUCGAUGCCACCUGCUUGCUGAACUCUGGAGUCGUUCACCUAACCUGCUCCGGGCAUCAGAAAGAGACCCUGAGUUUCCUGAAGAAGGCCGCGCCCUGCUCCAGCGACUUCAUCUGCAGCAGCUACACCCGCUGCCUGAUGUCCGGCCUGCUGUCGUCCCGCCUGGCCGACAGCCACCUCGCCGCUCCCUCCCAGGAGGAACAGCUGGACGCCAUCCUGUGGACGGCGGUGGAGACCAGCUCUCUGGGCCUCAUCACAGGCUGCAUCAAGCAGUGGACGUCCGAGGAGCAACCGGGCUCCGCUCUGAACCUGCGCUUCAUCCUGGAGUGGGCCUGGAACAAGGUGGUCAGCACCAAGGAGGAGCUGGACGGCAUCUGUGCGCCCCUGUUCGACAGCUCCUCAAACUUCACGGACCCCCAGACGCUGCAGCUGCUGCAGCACAGCCAGAGGCUCCUGGGGAACCUCAGCGCCAUCUUCCACUGCCUGCUGAGCGAGGCCCAGGAGCUGACCCAGAGAGGGCUGGUUGGGCUGAUGAACAAGAACCUGGUGUCCAGCCUGAUCUCCCAGUACGCCCAGGUGGUGCUGUGGUUCUGCCGCACCGGCCUGCUCCCCGAGGGGUCCGACGAAGACGCCCUCCAGAUCUCCAGGCCCUUCUACACGCACGGAGUCGUCAGCAGCUACUACACCAUCCGCAGGGAGGACCUCACCCGGCUGGCCAAGGGCAAGUGGUGCGCGGACUGCUUGAUGAUUGACGGCUUGGUUAGCCAAUGCGGCGAGCGGCUGGUCAACCUGUGGAAGAGGGAUGACGGCGGAACCGGGCAGUACCCGCCUCCAACGCUGCAUGCCCUGCUGGACAUAUAUCUCCUGGAGGAUAUGGACGUAGCUGCCAAACACGCCAUUGUGAUCUAUCUGCUGCUGGAUGUCAUGUACUCCUUCCCCAACAAAGGGGGGGCCUCCGUAGAGUCCUUCCCCACCGCCUUCGCCCUCCCCAUCGGCCUGGUCAAACUGGUCCAGGGCCUCUGGCUGCUUGACCACCACGACCACCAGAGCUCGGUGGAGCUGCUCCUGCACCCAACUACCUCCCAGUGCCACUUCCCCUGGCAGCACGAGAGGGUCCUGCAGGCCCUGAUGUGCCAGGGCCAGCACGCCGUGGCCCUCCGCUACCUCCACGUCACCAAGCCCCCGCUGUCCUCCAGCGCCCAGGCCAAGCUCUGCCUCUCUGUGCUGCUGCACAACCGGUGCCUUGUGGAGGCGCUGUCCAUGCUGCGGCAGCACUCCACACGCCUCAGCAUGGACCAGCUGCUGGCCUUCCUGUACGAGAGCUGCCAGGAGCUGGGCCUCAUCAAGGAGCUGCUGAGGCUGCCCCUCAGCCCCACCGAGCAGGAGUGUUUGGAGAGGUUCCUUCAGGGUACGGGCGGUCUGCAGAACAGAGAGCUGCUCAUGGUCCACUACCUGCAGCAGGCCAACUACAUCCCCGCCCUGCAGCUCAACCAGGGCCUGAAGACCAACCUGAUGAACGAGAGGGACCCCAAGGUGAAGGAGCGCUCCAACAGUAGGAACGCUCUCCUGGACCAAUACUGGAAGGUUCUGCCCCGAGUGCAGAGACGGAUGGCCAUGGAGCGGGCCAAGCCCUACAGCCACCCUGCCACCAGCCACCGAGAAGUGAACCGGCCCCAGCCGCUGUCCAGCAUGGCCAAGCGCUCGGCCAACGACAAGGUGAUGUCCAGGGCCGGCUUCAUCAGCAACGUGCUCACCAAGAUCGAGGAGGUGUGGCUCGGCAAAGGGGCCACGCCCACCAGCUCGCCGCUGAGGAGCCCCAGGGCCUCCGAGUCCCUGAGCCCCAGUCCCAGGCCCUACUCCCGCACCCUUAGUGAUCCAUUCCUGGGAACUCCCAUCGCCGUGACCGCCAGGAGAAAGUCCAGGCUGGUCGACCUGGUGGUCCGUCCCUCAAGCCAGACCCCCGGGUCCCUCCUCAGCCCCGUCAGGGCCCCUGGCUCCCAGGGGGUCCCCCCUCGAAGCAUCGCCCGGGCCCCUGAGCUCAGCCUGCUGCACACGCCGCAGGUGGUCAGGCGUGCGCGGGCUCUGGUGGCGUCGGGCAGCGUGUUCUCGGCCUUCACGCCUCACUCCAUCCUGCGCAGCAGCCUGCGGCCCACGCCCGUGGCCACGCCCUCGGCCUCGCCCGGCCGCUCCGUCACCCCCCCGCUCCGCGGCGCCAAGGAGAGCCGCAUCGCCUUCAUCGAGCGGACGUCCUCUCCCGAGAUGAGGAAGGGCCCGUCCCCCUGGAGCAACGGGACGGCGGCUGACAGUGAAAUCAGCCUGUUGACGCGCGGCUCCCCGCUGCCCGGCGGCCCCCUGAAGCCCUGGGCCUCCCGGGCUGAAGGGGGCGCCGGGGAGGCGACCCCGCGGGUCACGUUCAUGCCCCCGGCGGGCGGGGUCCCCUCGCCUCAGCUCCGGGGCUCGGACAGCGACGCGUCCUCCCUGGAGGAGCUCCCGGAGAGCCGGGGCGCGCUGUCGCUGUCGCUGCCGCCGGGGGCGCUGCCAGGGCGGCUGAGCCUGGGUCUGGAGACCAGCCUGACCUCCGUCCUGUCGUCGGACUCCACCCUCGAGUUCCACGACGCACCCCUCGGAGAAGAUCGGGAGGAAGGGGACGUACUAGUGGUGAGCCUCAAAACACCACAAGAUGGAGGGACAGAGAAGUCCGUCGCCUCCGCUGACGAGGAGGAGGAGGAGGAGGAGGAGGAAGAGGACAUACUCGUGGUAAGCCUCAAAACACCACAAGAUGGAGAGACUGAGAAGUCCGUCGCCUCCACUGACGAGGAGGAGGAGGAGGAGGAAGAGGACAUACUCGUGGUAAGCCUCAAAACACCACAAGAUGGAGAGACUGAGAAGUCCGUCGCCUCCGCUGACGAGGAGGAGGAGGAGGAAGAGGACAUACUCGUGGUGAGCCUCAAAACACCACAAGAUGGAGAGACUGAGAAGUCCGUCGCCUCCACUGACGACGAGGAGAAGGUGGAGGAAGUGGUGGUGGAUGAGGAGGAGGAGGAACAGCAAAAGAGUGAAGAAGAGGAUGCCCAGGGAGAGAUGGCAUCUCAAGAAGAUGAGAAAACGGUUAGCCCUCGACAAGCUGAAGGGGCGGUGGAGGAAGAGGUUCUAGAAACGCGCCUGGAGGAGGAGGAUGGCGGAGGCGGGUCGGCUGGUCAGCAGGACAUGGUCAUCGACAUGGACUUGGAAACAUGUCGCAUCAAAGUGGAGGAGGUUCUGCGUCCGGCCGCGGAUCAGGGAACGGUUGACGCCGUGGUCUGUGACGCCCGUGUAGAAGAUCUGGACCGGACGGAGAAGACCUUUGAGUAUUCUGAGUUCACCGAACACCUGGAAGUAACACAAGCCAGCGAACCCCAGCAUGAGCCCACAGAGCUGCUGGAACCCACUACAGAUCUCACAGAGUUCGUCGACCGCAAUCUAUUCGGAGACGACCUGUCAUCUCCCCUGCUGACGCGUUCUGGUAUCCACGAGACGCCAGAGCACUGGAGCUCCUUCACCAGUGACGAUGUGCUGCCGGAAGAGAAGGAGCCUGCUGCUGACGUCCCCACGCUGAGCAGCCAGAAGUCUGUGACCUCCAUCACAUCCUCAGAGCUGUCGGGCAGUGAAUCACAUUCUGUGGUGAGCCUGAACGACACGGAGGAGCUCUCCAGCGCUGCCUCAGAGGAGGAGGAAGAGGAGGAGGAGGAUGGAGAGGAGGGGUCGGAAGAGUCUGAGGAAGAAAAGGAGGAGGAAGAGGAGGACUCUGGCAGCGAGGUGGAGAUCAUUGAAGAGGUUCAGGGCAACAGGCCCAUGUUCUCCCUCCAGCCCGGACCCCCUGCCCCUCUCUUUGAGGAGGAAGGACUUCCCCACUUCCUGGGCGGGCCUACAGAGGACCUCUCGCUGGUUCCUUCCGAGGCUGAGCUGAAGAUGGUGGCUGACGGAGAGGUGGUGAUGGUGAGGCUUGGGGGGCUCGACGGGGCUGACGCAGUGGACGCCGGGACCUUGACGGAGCUCAAACCCUCCGCCACACUGCUGGUGCCCCUGGAGCUGGUGGAGGGACACGAGCACAGCCUGGUGGACGGGGCCCAGGUCGGCCUCACCGUGCUGGGGAAGGAGAGCGAGGCGGACAGCCCCACCUCUGGAGCUCACGGCUCCUUCUCCCUCAUGCUGGAGGUGGAGGACGUGGACUCUGACGCAGACACGCUGCCACUGGAGAACCACCAGAACGCCCUGGAGCUCGCAGUACAAGGGAUCACUGAUCAACUCACUGCCCCGCCUGAAGACCUUCUCCAAGACAUGAGUGAGUCUCAGGGCCCGCUCCACCUUCUGAUGGAGGAAGACUCAGUGGUGGAGGCUGAGGCUCCAAAGGUGGUGGAGGCUGAGGCUCCAGAGGUGGUGGAGGCUGAGGCUCCAGAGGUGGUGGAGGCUGAGGCUCCAGAGGUGGUGAAGGCUGAGGCUCCAGAGGUGGUGGAGGCUGAGGCUCCAGAGGUGGUGGAGGCUGAGGCUCCAGAGGUGGUGGAGGCUGAGGCUCCAGAGGUGGUGGAGGCUGAGGCUCCAGAGGUGGUGGAGGCUGAGGCUCCAGAGGUGGUGGAGGCUGAGGCUCCAGAGGUGGUGGAGGCUGAGGCUCCAGAGGUGGUGGAGGCUGAGGCUCCAGAGGUGGUGGAGGCUGAGGCUCCAGAGGUGGUGGAGGCUGAGGCUCCAGAGGUGGUGGAGGCUGAGGCUCCAGAGGUGGUGGAGGCUGAGGCUCCAGAGGUGGUGGAGGCUGAGGCUCCAGAGGUGGUGGAGGCUGAGGCUCCAGAGGUGGUGGAGGCUGAAGCCCCACUAGUGAAAGCUGCAGAUCCAGUCCUGCAGGCAGCAGAUCUAGUGGAGGUAACAGAGCCAGUGCUGGAGGCUGAAGUCCCCGUGCUGGAGGCUGAAGACUCAGAGGAGGAGGCAGCAGACUCAGAGGAGGAGGCAGCAGACCUAGGGUUGGAGGCUGAAGACUCAGAGGAGGAGGCAGCAGACCUAGGGUUGGAGGCUGAAGACUCAGAGGAGGAGGCAGCAGACCUAGGGUUGGAGGCUGAAGACUCAGAGGAGGAGGCAGCAGACCUAGAGUUGGAGGUUGAAGACCCCGUGGCAGAAGUAGACAUCCAGGAGUCGAUGGAGAGGGAUUGCCUGAUGGAGCCGGGGGAACAGAGUCCUCAGCCCGACUUGUCUGCUUCCUUCUCACCUCACUACAUGGCAUCACACAAUGUGUAUGAAGAGGGUGCAGAAGAAGUGAGUCAACUGUUCACUACAGAGCUCGGUUCCGAGGAGGAACCGGAGUCUGACACCAUCUCACUGGCCGUCACAAGUCGGACGGUAGCGGCCGGCAGGUUCACCGCACUGGAGGCGAUGAUGGAAGACACAACGCACGCACCUUCUGAGGACUUUUUUGCCGACGACGGAAUGGCCAAAGAUCUCGAAGAGACCAUCCCUGAGGGAAGUCUGCCCGAGCAGACGGAUGGCGGUGCAGAGGUUCCGCCGGUAUUCCAGAACACGGAGACCGUGGCCACGCUUCAGGAAGAGCGAGAGCAGGUCGACCCAGAAGAGAACACGGUGGAGGGAGCCGAAGAGUUCCUCAAGCUGCAGGAGGAGAGCCGGAGGCGGUCCAGGAAGAGGGGGUCUGAGGACCAAGGAGGCAAGGACGGCCACGUCAGGCAGGUCUUCAGCUCAGAAGACCCGGCUGACCCAGAGCCCUCUUCUGAGGAACCCGCGGUGAAGAAAGCCCCCGCCACGCCCACACGAAGGGCCACCAGGGGGCGCAAGACGGUCUCCUGGACCGCUCCCCCCACGGAGGUGGUGCAAGAGGAGGAGGAGGAGGAGGAGGAGGAGGUGGGGGACGUGUCGAUGACCUCCCUUCGCAGCGGUACCAGAGUCAGAAGACAAAGCGCAAUAGCCCAGCAUCCAGCCAACACGCCGCGACGAAGCGCCCGUAAGACCCCCACGCGGCGCCCCAUCGAGAGGGAGGUGGAGGAGGUGGACGAGGAGGGAGAGGAGCCCGUGAACAACGACCUCAUCGCCCCAAAGGCCACCCCGGCCAAACGCCGCACGCCCCAGAAGGCCAGUCCGUCGAGGGUCGGCCGCAAGUCCCGCGGCCGCGCCCUGGAGGAGGUGGAGGAGGUGGAGGAGGCGGAGGAGGAGGCGGUGAAUAACGUCCACCACGAGGACGAGAGCCGCGCCAAGGGCCCCCCGCCGGCCAAACGCCGGACCAGGCAGGGCGCCACGCCCACACGAGCUAGCCGCCGGAAGAGCAGCGUAGGGGAGGCGGAGCCACUGGAGGAGGAGGAGCCACUGGAGGAGGAGCAGGGGGCCACAGGCUUCACCCGGAUCUCCAGGAUCCGCUAUUCUGAAGCCCGGCCGGUCCUGCUGGAGGUGGAGGAGGAGGAGGAGGAGGAGGAGGAGGAGGAGGUGGUGAAGAAGGCGGCGGCCUCCUCCAGCCCGUCUAGAGGGACGCGGGCGUCCAGCCGGGCCAGCCUCAGUGCCCCGCCCCAGGUCAAGCCUGUGAGCCAAGCCAGAGCGAGGGGGCGGAGCUCCGCGGCCAAACCCCUGGAGGCCGACGCCCAGCCCGGCGAGGCCCCGCCCACCCCCGGCUCCCGCAGGCUGACCCGGAGCCGGCUCUGGGAGCAGGCGGAGGAGGACCUGCCCUUCCUGGACCCGCCCCUGGAGGUGGACUCCCAGACCCCCGUGGCCGACGCCCUCAUCAAGAGGCUGCAGGACGAGGAGGAGAAGGAAGCAGGAGGUGCUGCCGGUAAGAGGAGGGCGAGCGCCAACAGGAGGAGAACCAAGGCGUCAGUGGAGCGCGACCCCUCCCCCGCCGCGGCUACGGACCCCCACCCGGACCCCCACCCGGACCCCGAGCCCGAGAAGGACGCCGCAAAACACUCAUUCAUCUACUCGCCCUCGCGCAGGAGAACCAGGAACAACAGAGGCGGUUCUCCCAUCCUGAGUGAGGCGGACCUUCCUGUGAACAGACGCCAACGCCAUGCUGCUCCUAACCCUGCCCAGAACAAAGAUGAAGCCGUAACCACGGCAACCGUUAAAAAGUCCAGAACGGCGAUCAAAUCAUCAGCCAAGUCUAAGGCGGUGUUGGUGCCCCUAGCGAUGGUGGAGCUGAUCUCCCCCCUGCCCAGCCCGGCCGCCGCCGCCGCCGCGCCCCCCGCCCAGAGGCGGCCCGGGGAGCCCGCCGCCGCCGGCGUGGGCGUGAACCAGCGGCGCAAACGCAUCAUGGAGGCCGUCUUCACCAAACCCGUCACCCGCAGGAAAAAACUCUGAGGGUGACGAAGGACUCAAACCUCAAACCCCCGUCUGUACACGCCAAUCCUCUCUCUGGGUCCAUCGCUCCACGCCCCCCCCCCCCCCCCCCAGUGGUCACUUCCUGUCUGCUCCUACGGUCACUUCCUGUCUGCUCCCCGGUCACUUCCUGUCUGUGACCGGGUUGGGAGACCUUCAGCUUAGGGAGGAGGGAGAACUGAACCGUGCUUUUAAAGUAUUAUUUCUCCUGGAAAACGUUUCGGUUUCGUUUAGCAUAUUUUCCCAUAUUCACUUCGUUUCAGAAUCUCUGGCGCACGUAUUUAGUGGCUGUGUGGCUGCAUAAUAAGCGAACCACACUCAGUGUUUAUCUUUUAACAGACCUCUGUGACCUUUACCCUCCCAGCAUUCGAUUUCUUUUAACGUGUGUUCAAGGCCUGGUUUCUUUCUCUUUUUUCAGAGAAGCAGUGAAAACCGCUUUCACACAUAAUUGUGUUAAUAGCAUUAAGGUCUAAUAAAAGUCAAUAUUAAAUAAAUCCAUAAGGACUUGUUUAUUCUGAUCGUUUGAAGUGUUUUUAAAUGCAUCUAAAUGACCUAUGUCAGUCUUAAUAAAAGUUUACAGUUUAAUGCUCUGUGAAUCAUAGAUUGGAUUGGGACUGUCACGUGUUGUAUGAAAAAAGACUUGCACAGUAAUUGGCGUGUUUAUAGGCUUGUUUUGGGAUGUGUUGGUUUCUUUGUAAUAAAUUCCUGGGCCACUGAAACAUAUAGGCUAUUUUCCGAUGAAUGUAUGUAGAAUGACUUAUUUUCCUGACGACUGAUCUUUGAUAAAUAUGGUAAUGCUUGAAGUUC